UUCAAAUUGAACUCGCAAAAGGCUUGUUUUGUUUCAGCGUCCCGACUAACGCUUUUCAAAGUCUUCAUUCCGGUGCAGUCUACAACGUGGCAUCCUGAAUAUCCCACUAAGGGUAGGCCUGAACAAGUGUAUAUUGUGUGCUCAUAUUCUGUAAGAGCUGAUAAUAUGGAGAUUGCACACGUGACCUGACUACCCACCGCCUUUGCUUUUCAAGCAAAAUUCCGCUUUCAAAGCGUACCGGUAAUAUAUUACAGAAGGCAUGCGAAUACGUAAUAGGCUCAAGAUAUCAUGUGGCGGUCGUAAGGUGAAAGGGUAUUAGGUUGAGUUGGCUGCCGUGGCACAGUGAGUAAGAGUAAGAAGUGUCCGUAGUUUGGAGGGUAUUUCAAAUCUGCUUCCUGCUAGAAAGAUUAACGAUUAAAGGUAAUUUAAUCAAGUUUUCACUCAUUAGUUUAGUUUACAACGCUCAUUUUAAAACUUGUUUUAGACUUCAGCGUCAUAUAGUAACUUGGAGUGCACAUCACGUGCAACAAUGACAUGCUUGGAACAUAGCAUUUUGCUUUAAAUUGUUCAAUUGACAAUUUGGGUAUUCAGAUCGGUUGGGUCUACGACUUGAGGCAAAAGAAAACUGGAGGAGCCUAUACAUGGCACAAGCUAGUACGUGUUUACAACCUUUGCACUAAACCUCUAUUGGUAAGAUAUCACUGACCAUCAUAGCACACUUCUGUAUCUGUAUACCACAGUUGAGUUGCUUGAUGCCUAUUCUAAUGUCGGGAAUUGGUCUUUUGCUCUCUUUGUACGUUGCCUAGUUCAAAAAAUCCGAAGGCGUCUUCUGUGCCAGAAUUCAGUAGGGAAUUUGUAAGGAGAAAAAUUUACAGAAAUGUAGUUCUUUUGAAAGUACAGUUUAGUUGUUGGGUUUUUACAAUUUUCAGGUACUCAUUGGGUUGCUGAAAUCUGUCACCUUAUCUUUAAUCAUGGCGAUGUGGAUGAGGUUGAUAGAGCGCAGCAGCCGAUGCCGUUGGAGUUUGACGUCAUCCCUGGUGAGAACAGAAUCGCCCGCUACAAGGCUGCGCCAUCUUGGAAGUCACCUCGCGUUCUGGUCACCCACGUCCCCAAGAGAUUUCUCCCUAACCAGUUGCUCGGGGGCAAAGGAAAGGUGAUCUCUGUCAUCCGUAAUCUCAAGGACUCGCUGGUUUCCUAUUACCACUUUCUCAAAGGGAACCGGGUAAACACUUUAACCUUCGAUGAGAGCCUGCAACGGUAUCUGUACUCGGAAAAAGCCCACUUCACGCCUUGGUUCGAUCACGUGGCCGAGUACUGGUCUGAGCGGCACAGCCAGCAGUACCUCCUUCUGAAGUACGAGGACAUGAAGGCGGACACGCGUGGAGCUGUCAUUCAGAUCGCCGACUUUUUAGGCCGCGUCCUUUCGGAUGAGGUGAUCGACAAAAUUGUCGGCUUGGUUACCGUGAAGAGCAUGAAGGAGCGGUACAACGUUGCUGGAGAGCUGGCGGCACCAGGAACAGGGAUGAAAGGCAAAGUUGGCGCCCCCAACCUCAUGCGAAAAGGUAUUGUUGGAGAUUGGAAGAACACCUUUACUGUUGCACAAAACGAGAAGUUUGACGAAUACUACCGAGAAAAGAUGGCUGGUUUGAAUCUAAAACUGGACUUCUUGUAAGACGAAAAAAGUCGUCCGAUAGAGCUGUCGACUGAAGGAAAGAGAAUAUUUCCAUUUUUGAAGGACACGUUCGACCAAAAGCUAGAGUUUACCGCAGCACCACCACUGUUUUACUAUUAAUCAGUUUUGGUAAUGACACCAAGGAUUCCUCAAAAACGCCGAGGCACUGUUGCUCACAAGAAACCUGUAGAGAGGAGACAAUGAGAAGCAGUUAUAAAUUUAGAGGAGGGAG